AUGGAUAUAGCGCCGCCUAAACAGACGCUGUUCCUAUUGGUGGAUGGUAUCGAUGAAGGGUUCACAGGCACUGAAGAUCGCGAAGGUACUGAACCGUCCGCCACAGUGGCAACCCUGCUGGCCAGGCAUCAACACCUGCUGCCGCCGUGGUUACUGCUCGUGUGUACGGCGAGACGACACGCUAGACCCUGUUACGGAAUGUUCACUGGGUACCGCAAGAUAAUGUUAGACGAGUUACAACGUGCACACGUCUCUGCCGAUGUGCAGCGGUACGUACUCGCUAGACUCGACACGGAACCCAGACUUAGAUCUCGUGUUUCGAGUGACGCUGCUGCUGCUGCGGCGGCGGCGGCCGCUUUGGAUAAUUUGAGGAUUAAAAGCGAUGGAUGCUUAUUGUAUUUGGAGAAAGUGAGUAUGAUUAAAAAUAUUAUAGAUAACAUAAUACUAUUUGCUGAUUCUAUAAAUAAAAGCAAUAUGUUAAUUUUGGAAUACUUAAAGGAUUCUAAUUAG